AUCAUGUCCGAGGGCCGGUGCGAAUCGCAGCACAACGUUCCAGACUCGUUCGACCUUGGAGCGAGCUCGGAUCGAGAGAACUCGAAUUUCAACUCCUUGACCCCGUCGAGCGACGUCGACCUGAGCCCGAGCAUAGAAGAGCUGAUAGAAAGGAUCAAGAUCCUUGCGCUGGAGACGCCGAGGCCCCGCAACAAGUUGCCGAGAGUUCCCUUCCCCACCCCGGCCAAGGCGUCCCCGGACGGCAGGGCGAUGGCGGAGAACCCCCUCUCCUCCUCCUCCUCCUCCUUCACCGAGGACGGCCAAGAGUUGGGGUUGAAGAGGUUGAAGAAAGCUAUAGAGAGGCGUUUCGGGGCGAAACGUUUCCCCAGCCCCGGGAAAACCUCGUCCAACAGUGGCAAGCACGUGGUGGUGGACGGCAAACUGUUGGCGACGAUGCUCACCGCGGAGCAUCAACGUCGCCAGAGGAUGGAGUGGGAUCUGGAGGUGGAGAGGGCCGACCAGGUCCUCGACGAGGCGCCGAUCUUCGACCAGCAUCACCAACCCGACUCGAUCUUCAGCCCCAAGACUCGAAGCGUGGUCUCGGACGCGUCCGUCCAGGUGACGAAGGGCUCGUCCUGCUCGGAGAUCGACACCUCGUCCGAGUUCGAAAAGUUUCAACACGAGGGGGACGCAGUCGCGUUGUCCCUCGAGUACAGCCUGCGCGAGGUGUCCGAGNUGUUCUCAGUUUUCGUCAAGUGCAACAAGUGGAUGUUGAGGAGCAGGAUGGACAAUAACGCGAGCCCGGUCAAUCACGCGUUGUUGGACAAGCGGGAUUUGGUGGGGGCGGAUAUUUUCAGGCAGGCCGUGGACAUCAGUUUCGGAGAUGCGAUCACGUACGAGCAGAGGGAGUUGAUAUACGACAGUUACAUGCGCACCAUAGACGUGAGCCAGGGCCAGUUGGAGGAGAUUAUGUGCGACGAUUCCCAGCCACCGAUCCUCCGUGGCCCCCACGAUCGAACCUCUACCUUUGGAUCGGAGGGGGGCAGGAGCGGAGAGAGCGAUAAAGAGGAAGUGGAGAAGGAGGAAGUGGUGGUGACGAGUGACGAGAGUCGACGAAACGAGGAGGAGAAGAUGGAGGAUGAUGACUCCGUUCACGGUUGCGCCGCGUGUUUUCGAGCUCGGUUGUCUUUGAAGUUCAACAGGCGGGAAGAAUGGAAGGAGGAGGAGGAGGAGGAGGAGAAGGCGAAGAACAGGGAUCCCAACGAUCUUUCGAAAGGUGUUGGGAAGAAGAGCGUUGAUUAUUCGAAAGGAGAGGGCGGGGAGAAGGAAAGUCUGGACGAGGUUUUUGCAUCGGUUGGCGGGGGGGAAAGGCUGGAGAGGAUCGACGAGGAAGAAGACUCGUCCAAGGAGGGGACCAAGUCAACGGGGAGACGGAAGUGGCGUAGCUUGAGCGAGUACGAGAACGAGUCCUCCUCGACGCCGAUAAACGAGGAAUCCGGGAAGAGGAGAACCUUCUCCGAGUCGGACGUUUUAAACGCCAGCCUGUUCAUAAGCGACGACUUUCUCUCCGAGAAUUAUAUCAGGAAAUUGGAGAGAUCCGUGUCCCUUGUGAACGAGAUCUCGAGCAAUGUGUCCGAGGAUCUGGCGAAGAGCGAUACAUCGGCCAAAUUUCCAAAGGAGAAGGAGGAGGAGGAGGAGGAGGAGGAACGAGAAGAGGGGGAGAAGGAGGAGGAACGAGAAGAGGGGGAAAAGGAGGAGGAACGAGAAGAGGAGGAAGAUGCUUCGUCCAACUCCGAUGAUCUCGCCAAAUGUUCGAGGAGAGGAUCAUCGAGAUCCACGUCGUCGGCAGAUUCCGUGGACGUUUUGGGGAGGAAAAGGAGGAAAUUUCAAUCGAAUUUGAGGGAGGAGGCGGAGGACGAGCAGGAGAGUUUGCCCGACUCGACCAAGUGCACCAUGGACUCGAACAGCGUCCAUUCCGAUAAUCUGUCCCUAGAUCUUGACGAUGUUUACGACACGAUUCAAAGAUCCGAAAGGAUUUCGUCUUCUUGCGCGAUGGAUGCAGGAGAGAACAGGAGAGGGGGGGAUAAGAGGGAGGAGAGGGUCGAGAUCGGCGAGUUUGGCUCCCUCUCCGACAGCGUUUACUUCACCCCUCCUGCUGAUCAAGCGUCAUCCGACGACAAACCCUCUUCCAAAAUUGUUAUUACCGAGGAUUCGAACGAAAAGUGGUCGUCAUCGAAGGGAACCGAUUCGAAAGAGUGCGACGACGACGUUUUCGAAGACGUCGGCUCGAUGAAACCUUACGAGAGACGAAACAGUUUUCACUCGUUCCUGAACAGGAUAUUGUUCAAGCAGUCGAGAUACGCGACGACCAAAGGAUCGGUGAACGAAUCGAGAAUUUCGAACGAGGAUGAGAAUAAGAAUACUCUGAAGCUAAAUAUCGGUGAAAGAAUUUCGAAGGCAAGGGGAAAGGGGAGGAUAGUGCCGGAGAGAUGUAUGCCAGAUGUGCUCUUUCCGCCGUCGCACAAACUUACAGUGGCCGAGGUGUUCGACCCGCGGACGGACCGGCCGCGGCCGGAAGUCCUCAAGCAACACUUUAUCCUCGAAGGUAGGAUCGACGANNNGGCGGCUCUUCGCAUAGUCACCGAUGGAGCCGCCCUCCUCCGCUCUGAGAAGACUAUGAUCGAUAUCGAAGCUCCAGUCACCGGUGAGUCCUCGCUCUUUCACCAACUCUUUUAUUUGCCACGACACAUAAAUUCAAUUUGCUCUUUAUAUAAAAAAAAAAAGAAAGAAAGAAAGAAACGAAAACUCGUCUAUCGAUCGAAUUGAUAUAUUCGCGAAAAAAAUAAAAAGAGGAGGGAGGAAAAAAAGGAUUUUGAAGAGGCUUCCCAAGAAUCGAGGAAAGGCUCGCAUUAUGUCGAGACACGUUAGAGGGGAAAAAACGUGAAAGGCACUUGACACAGUUGCACGUGGUACAGGAACGUGUGCGUUUACAUGACAUGGUAUCGAUGUUGUGUGUAUGUGUGUGUGUGUGUGUGUGUGUACGUGGAAAGAAUGAAACUUGGUUGAACGAUUCGUUUCGUUUGAUUCGAUAAUAGAUAGAUCGAU